ACUCCUGGGCACCCGGGGAAGUGGAAGCGCCGGGCCCUGCUGCGGGGGGGAGAGCCACUGACGCCGGGACCGGGACCGCCGCCGCCGCCGCCACCAUGGUAAAGGCCGCACGGCCCCCUCCCCGGCCCGGGGGCCCCUCCGGAGCUCGCGUCCCCCUCCCCCUGCCCAUCCCUGGCCUGGGACGGGUGGCUUCCCGGGGUGGGGGAGGGGUGGGGUCCCGAACCCUGGGUGGACCCAGUCCCUCCCCGCCCAGGAGGGUGCCGCCGGCGCGGACGACUUGGGUGGCAGUGACCCUGCCCACGCUCCCAGCCCCCGCCCUUUGCGCAAGCUGGAGUCCCACUCACCACCUCUGUGUUUAGGCUGGUCUCUCCCAUAGCCCAGGCUAGACCCUCACUCCCGAACAGUGGCCCCAGCCAGGCACCCCCUCGGUGACCCUGGCGUGGGCCCCCUUCCUCCCCCGGUCUAGGACUAGGUCUGCUUUCCCCCGUCUCUCCCGCCCAGGCUAGGCCGUCGUUUCUCCCUGCCAUGGCCCAGGCUAGGCCGCUGCCUCCUUCUCUCCCUUCCUCCCUUGCCUUCUCCAUGGCCUCAGGCUGGACCCCGGUCAGCCCCUUCUGCAGCGGCCUAGGUUUGCUUCCCCUCUUCUCCGUGGCCUCAGCCUGAAUCUCCUCUUCCCUCUGUGAUCUUAAAUCUGGACCUCCUCUCCUCCGCCCAUGGCUCCCGUCUGGACCUCACUGCCCCCUCCCCACCAUGAUCCCCUUCCCUGGACUUUUCGCCACUCCUAGCGUAACCUGCGUCUGCCACGCUCGGUCCCCGCCCUGAUCCUCUCACCAGGGUCCUGCCCCUUGCCCAGUGCACGACUCAGGGUCCCCUUCCCUGUUCCUGGGGCGCGCCUUCUUUGCAGCCUUCGGGAAGCGAGGGGAGCUCUCCAUCAGGGAUGGGGUGGUCCCGGUGCUGUGCCUUCUCAGUUGCCCCUUCUAGGGAGGCCGCCUAGGAGCCAGCGAGGGAAGGGCGGGCAUCGGUGUGCCCAGAAGGCAGCGCGCUGCUCUGCGGGCCCCUCUCGAGGGCCGCCGCCGUGGGUGCUGUGCGUGCGAAGCGUUCUGCAGGGCAGGCCGGGGUCCGCGGCGCCCGGGCCUGAGUGGGAGCCGAGGGGCGAGGGUGGGUGGCCCACAGGACAAGGAUGAACGCACAAUCGCCCUUGUGAGGCCAUGGCCUUGGGAGGCCACCAGGCCCUGGAUCCAGUAUAUGGCCUGGACACGAUGCACCCGAGGAGGCGCAGUCUCCCCUUCCCUCUGAACUGUCAGCUUGUAAGGGUUGGAACUGCUGAUUAUGGAAGUCCCUCGGAUCAGAGUGAUCAGCAGCUGGACUGUGCCUUGGACCUAAUGAGGCGCCUGCCUCCCCAGCAAAUCGAGAAAAACCUCAGCGACCUGAUCGACCUGGUCCCCAGUCUAUGUGAGGAUCUCCUGUCUUCUGUUGACCAGCCACUGAAAAUUGCCAGAGACAAGGUGGUGGGAAAGGAUUACCUUUUGUGUGACUACAACAGAGAUGGGGACUCCUAUAGGUCACCAUGGAGUAACAAGUAUGACCCUCCCUUGGAGGAUGGGGCCAUGCCGUCAGCUCGGCUGAGAAAGCUGGAGGUGGAAGCCAACAAUGCCUUUGACCAGUAUCGAGACCUGUAUUUUGAAGGCGGCGUCUCAUCUGUCUACCUCUGGGAUCUGGAUCAUGGCUUUGCUGGAGUGAUCCUCAUAAAGAAGGCUGGAGAUGGAUCAAAGAAGAUCAAAGGCUGCUGGGAUUCCAUCCACGUGGUAGAAGUGCAGGAGAAAUCCAGCGGUCGCACUGCCCAUUACAAGUUGACCUCCACGGUGAUGCUGUGGCUGCAGACCAACAAAUCUGGCUCUGGCACCAUGAACCUCGGAGGCAGCCUUACCAGACAGAUGGAGAAAGAUGAAACUGUGAGUGACUGCUCCCCACACAUAGCCAACAUCGGGCGCCUGGUAGAGGACAUGGAAAAUAAAAUCAGAAGUACGCUGAACGAGAUCUACUUUGGAAAAACAAAGGAUAUUGUCAAUGGGCUGAGGUCUGUGCAGACUUUUGCAGACAAAUCAAAACAAGAAGCUCUGAAGAAUGACCUGGUGGAGGCUUUGAAGAGAAAGCAGCAAUGCUAAACCUCUGCUUCAUGCUAACCAGACACGCCGUGCACUCGUUAGAUUCCUUUCUUAGAAAACUCGUUUUCUGCUCCCUCCCCUCAUCCCUUCCCUCCCCGACAGGUCACAUAACAGCUGCAUCAUUGACCGCACAGCGCCAUCUCUCCCUGAGAAUAAAGCUGAUAGCCACCCCCCUCUGGCUCCGAGCCUGCUUCUGCCACACCUCGCUCUCAGUUCUCUCCACAUUUCCAUAGAGACCGUUGUGGUUUUUGUUCACCCGGGCCCCCCGUCUUCCUCCCUGUCCCCCCAUUUAUAGGCAUAAAAUCCACUGUCUGCCAGCCUCCCUUCCCUCCCACCUUUUUGUUACAUUGGUGUAAAAAAUGUAAAACAAAAAAAAUUUUAUGAACUAACUGUGGUGUGUGAAAGAGAGAAGAAAAACUGGAAAUCUUAUUCCGUGUGUGUUUGGGAGUUGCUUGGGGUUGGGGGUCGUGGGGACAGGGGACAGCUCCGGGAGCAGAGGUGGCCCUCCGUGCCGUCCUGUGCAGACUCGCCCGUCCCACGGAGGCCGCGGGGUGGGGGCUGGGGGGGGGGCUGCCGACCGUUCCGCUCUUCCGGCCAGGUGCUUUUCUGUCAGUCAAUUUCUAUGGAAUGCAAAAGGAGGUUUUUGUUUUAUUUUGUUUUUUUUUUGUAAAGCUUAAGAAAAAAUCAUCUUAUACUUGAGCCUCCAUACUUAAAAAAAGAAAAGAAAAAAAUCAAUAAAAAAACUGGGACGCAGUUA